AUGACUUCUGUUGAAUUAACAACAAUUUCAGAUGUUUUUAGAAAAGGAGAAAAAAUUGUUCAUCUAGAUUUAAAAGGAGCACCACCAAAAAUUAUUUAUUAUCAUUCAUUUUUUCCAUUCUUAAAAAAGUUAGGUGUGACUGCUGUAUUGAUUGAAUAUGAAGAUAUGUUUCCAUAUCAUGGAAAACUAAGUAGUAUUAAAUGUGAAAAUGCUUAUACAAUUGAUGAAAUAAAAGAAAUUAAUAAAUUAGCUAUUUUAAAUGCUCUUGAAAUAAUACCAUUAGUACAAACAUUUGGUCAUUUAGAAUUUGUUCUUAAACAUAAUAAAUUUUAUCAUCUUAGAGAAGUUUCAAAUAAAGAUGAUACUAUUUGUCCAAGUGAUGAUGAAACAUAUAUAUUAUUACAAGAAAUGAUAUCACAAAUAAAAGAUCUUCAUCCAUUAUCUACACGUAUACAUAUUGGAGCUGAUGAAGCAUAUCAAAUUAAUAAAGAUUAUCGUUGUCAAGAACAUAAAACUGAUAAUAUUUCAAUAACAUUAAGACAUAUUUCUAAAAUUGCUUUAAUAAUUAAAAAGAAAAUAGGUUUUUGUGAAAUUUUAGCAUGGUAUGACAUGUUUGAGAAAGCAACAAUAAAACAAUUAAGAAUGUAUGAUUUUGACAAAUUAAUAUUACCAGUUAUUUGGGGAUAUCAUGAAAAUCUUUCAUAUCUGACAAAAUCAUUAUUGGAAAAAUUUUGCAUGGUGUUUAAAAAAAUUUAUUUUGCUGGAGCAUUUAAAGGGGCAAUGAAACAAGAUACUCAAUUUAAUGAUCCUAAUCGUUAUUUAAGAAAUUUACAAAGUUAUGUUAAAUAUUACAAAGAUAAUGAAGAUUGUUUUAAAGAUAAUACAAAAUUUGGUGGUGUAAUAUUAACAGGAUGGUCUAGAUUUUCACAUCAUUUAAAACUUUGUGAAUUAUUACCAUCUUCCACGUUUAGUUUAGUUCAGGAAUUAAUUUACUUAAAAAAUAUUGAAGAAAAAACUGAUAAUCAAUUGGCUCAUGAAGCUCAAAAUAUGAUGAUCAAUGGUUUUCCGGGAAAUGAUUUAUAUGUAUUAAUAGAAGAAAUGAGAGAACUUCAUAAUGAAAUUGAAAAAAAUGGUCAUCAUGUUGAUAUGGGAAGAAUGAAUGAAUUAAAAAAUAAAAUAAAAUCAGUUUUUAAAGUUUAUUUUUAUGAUUCAACAUGGGAUGAAUGGGAAAAAAAUAAUUGUCCUUCAAUAGAUAAUUAUACUGGUGUUGGAUAUAGAGUAAAACGUCAAUUACGAGCAAUAAAAAGUCUUUUUUAA